AGCAUCUUUUCGUUCUCUCUCGCUCUAGACUUCACUGUACUCAGUUGUUUGCUAAAAUACUCUCACUUUGAUCUCGAAAUGGGGGAGGAAUACAGAUGCUACAUCGGAAAUCUUUCUUACAGUGUCGACGAACAAGCCCUAGAGGAAAAGUUCCAUGGUUGUGACGUUGUAGAUGUCAAAGUAAUAACAGACAGGGAGACCGGGAGACCUAGAGGAUUCGGAUUUGUCACAUUUGGAAGCAAAGAGGAGAUGGAAAAAGCCAUUGAUGAAUUUGACGGACAGGAUUUUGAUGGACGUUCCAUGAAAGUCAACCAGGCACAACCCCGUGGUGAGCGUGGAGCAGGAGGAAGCCGAGCAGGUGGCUACAGAAGUGGUGGUGGCGGCUAUGGUGGCAGCAGCAGAGGGGGCUACGGUGGUGGCCGUGGAGGAGGUGGAUAUGGUGGUGGCCGUGGAGGAGGUGGAUAUGGUGGCGGCCGUGGUGGUGGCUAUGGCGGUGGCAGACGCGACUAUGGAGGUGGUAGCAAGGGUGGUGGCUAUGACAGGAAUUCAUAUUACUAGGACGCGACUCAUAUUCACAUGGCUACUGCACUGGUUACCGUCCCUUGCUUGAUACCUGAUCUCAAAGAAACAAACCUGCGUGAUACUGAGCCAGUGAAUUGAGCCUACCCAACCGUACACAUGUUCCCAGGAUACAGACAAAGGCUCAUGCAGGCUCCUGAAGGCAUAUAGCCCUCAGGGGAUAUAGUUAAAAUGUCCAGCUGACUUUUGUUUUGAAUAUGGCUUUGACAAUUUUGACAUUUUAUAGCUAAAACGUUACAUUCGUGAUUAAUACCAUUAAAAAUACCACUUCUA